CUUUAUCUUUUUUUUUUUUUAUGGUUUAUCCUGUACAAGAAGACUUGACUGCACUUGUGAUUGGCGCGGGAUUCAGUGGCAUUUGCUCAGCAAUUCAACUUUAUAAACAACUAGGCAUAGUUGCUGAUAUUAUUGAACAAGCGUCCGAAAUAGGUGGUACUUGGCACGCAAAUACUUAUCCUGGUUGUGCUUGUGAUAUUCCUUCUCAUUUAUAUAGUUUUAGUUUUGAACUCAAUCCAAAUUGGACGGAACACUAUGCAAGUCAAAGUGAAAUCUAUGCUUAUUUACGUCAAGUAGCUAGAAAAUAUGAUUUAUACAAGAACACAAAGUUGAAUACUAGUGUUUUGAAGGCUGAAUGGUGUCAAGAUCGAUCUCAAUGGAAAGUGGAUUAUUGUCAUCAAGAUACUCCUGAUCAAAUCCAAUCCAAAUACUAUCAUUUUUUAUUCAGCGGUGUUGGUGGAUUACGGAUUCCAAAAAUACCAGAUCAAUUGAAAGGAUUUACAGGACCAACAAUGCAUACAGCCCUUUGGGAUGAUACCGUUGAAUUAGAAAAUAAACGUGUGGCUCUUGUUGGAAAUGGUGCUAGUGCUGUUCAAGUCAUGCCGUAUUUACAGAAAAAAGCAACUCGUCUUUAUAAUUUUCAACGAACUCCUGGAUGGAUUGCACCUCGGUCUCAAUUCAAAUACAGCAAAUUACUCAUGACAUGCCUUCGUUAUAUUCCUUUUCUGAUGCGGUUCUAUCGAUGGUUCUUGUAUUUGAUUCGUGAAUUUCGUAUUUUUAAUUUCAAAUAUCCUCGUUCUUCUUUUGCCAAAAGAGUCAGACGGUUAUUUACUCAUUCUAUUACGAAACGAUUGACAGACGUCGGUAGACCUGAUCUCAUUCCUCUUCUACUUCCUAAUUAUGCUGUUGGAUGUAAACGUAUUUGUCAAUCUGAAGAUUACUAUGAAUACAUUGCCAAAGACAACGUGACAGUAGUGGGAUCAGCAGUGGAAAAAGUGGAUGGAAACACAUUAUGGGUAACAACUAGUAAUGGAGUACAACAAUCUUAUGAGGUGGAUGUCCUUGUACUGGCAACUGGAUUCAAUGUGCAUGAUCAAUUUGGUCAUCUGGAUAUCAUUGGUAGAAAUGGUAUUUCUUUGAAAACACUUUGGAAACAAGACUCUCCCAAGACAUACAAGACAGUGACAAUGCAUGGUUAUCCCAACUUUUUCAUGAUGCUUGGUCCUGGUACUGGUCUAGGUCAUAAUACUGUAGUGGCAAUGAUUGAAUCUCAAGUCAAUUUUGCGAUCGAUUGUAUCAAGAAAAUGUUACGUUAUCAUUUAGAUUAUAUUGAACCUAAACAAGAUGCUCAAGAAAAAUUCACUUUGAAUCUUCACAAUAAUCUCAAAUCAACAGUAUGGCUUUCUGGUGGUUGUCAUUCUUGGUAUCAAGAUGGGAAAGGAGGUUCUUCAUCUCUUUGGUCUGGUACAGUGACCUCAUUUUGGUGGACAUUACGAAAUACUAGUAUAGAUGAUUUUAUAUUGUAGUGCCUUAUUUUAUAAUAAAUAAUUUUUUUUUUAUUUAUUUCAAAAAAA